CCUUCCGUGCCCGUCGCGGAACAUAUUAACCGAACGAGGGCUAAUGAAUAAUCAAUUCGGCAUCGGCAGUGUACAGUGUACAGUGCGAGCGGUAUUGCGCCUCCAACAAAUAAUGUUUACAUAACAACGCUGCAGCCGCACAGUCUGCGAGUAUCGUUGCCGUGAGAUGAGUGGUCGCGAGCUGAUCGCAGCGUAUAAGAUAUGGCUCUUAUUUGGAGCCCUAGCGGAAGUCGUGACGGGCACGGGUUUUGGGAGAUGCCCGGCCUACCCGUCUCUACCGAAUUUUGACGCACAGAGGAUGACCGGCAUUUGGUACGAAGUGGAGCGUUCGUUCUACUUGGUGGAGAUAGCCGCGAGUUGCACCCGACUUAAUGUCACCCUUAACGACAGGGGUUACUUCCAGAUCACCGUCGAUUCUGUCAACAGAUGGACAGGAAGCCAGUCAACUUCAUACGGCAUCGGCAUUCCGUCGUACAAUGGGUCGUCAGUGUUUCGAUAUAAACUAAACAACCGCAUGCCUUAUUUGAUUGGGAGGCUGCUCCCGGGCGCGGGGCAGUACAACAUACUCUUCACGGAUUACGAUCAGUUCGCGCUCGUCUGGUCCUGUAGUAGCGUCAGUCUUGCGCAUUCAGAUCGAAUUUGGGUGUUAGGCCGAAAACAAGAGAUCGAAGCGGACGUCCGAGUUCAGAUCUACGCCAUCAUGCAAGAACUGAGACUGGACCCAGACAGGCUGUUCAUAUCCAAAAACACUAACUGCACCGACUCAUUGGAGGCUGAAUAAUUAAAAGUCGUAACCAAAUUCAAAUUUAAAAAAAAAACCUUCAUUUUUUCAAUUUGUUACAUUAAUCACGUUUGUUUAAAAAAGCGCACGUAAAUUGCAUUUAUAUCAAGCUAUUUAUUGCAAUUGGGUUAGUGAGACAGUUCUAAGUAGGUAUAUAAGGUACUAAGUAAUGUUAUAAACUUUGCAAUCUCCUAUGUUUUUUAAUUAGUUAAUAUAUUAAUAAUACUA